CCGGCCCCGCCCGGACCGGCCCCGCUGCACGCCCGCACUGCCCCGAACGGGAAUGGCACGGCCGCGCUGCUGCACUGGUGCUCGCAGGAAAGCGAGGCUGCCAGUUCGCCUCUGCCGCCUCGAGCGACUGCGGAUAAGAUUUUGAUCCAUGCAAUAAUAAAAGCUCUGUCCACAACUGGCAAAGCAAUGGCAUUGAUAUUCCACAUAAACUGGAUAUGGAGACUACAAAAAAGUGCAAACUAUCAGACUGGAUGAAAGCCCAAAUGAAUAAUUCAUUUUCUGAUCCAUUAGGCUGUAGCACAGAUGCAACUGAAGAGGAAGAUUACUUAGUUUAUGAUGGAUAUGUAGGAACAAGCUGUAAAUACAACAAUAAUUCAGAUAAUUUGAAUGCCUGUAGUUGUACAAAAGAUAUUUCUGGUAUUUUAAACUUAGCCUGUUCUGAAGACAGCAAAAACAUAAACGCAGCAGCCAAUUAUGAAACUCCUCUCCAGCCUGAAGAAUUCUCCAAUCAUCACAGAGGCACCAGAGGAACAACUGCAGUUCCAAUUGAAAUGCCUGGAAGUGAAGCUCCCUUUAAGAGGGAAUUACCUGUUGGUAGUUCCAGUAAACCAGAGACCAAACAACGUGUAACUACCUCCAGGAUGUCCAAUGUCCUUCUGCGUCAUUUUUCUAGGGGAGAAUUACUAAGCACAUGCCACUUAAUUGAACGUGAGACAAUACCAGAGGUGUCCUUUACUGACAGUAUCGAUGACACCGGGAGCAAACCUGAGCCUUCAGAACACAUCAAAGGCCCUUUAGUGCAUGAACAAUGGGCAACAAGCUCUGAGGAAUAUCCCUUAGAAAAGCACGAAGAAGUAAAGGCUUGUGACAAAAAUGGAAACGCGUUCAAUGAAAACAGAUCUGUUUCAAAGAAACCUGUUUUUUCUUCUGGUCAGUGUGGGUGCAGACAAGAAUAUUCACAAUCAAUUGAUGAGACUGGAGAUACACACACCUUUCAAAAUAUGAAAGAUGACAGACCCCUGUUUAAGAGAACAGUUUCACCUUGUGAGCUCAAAUAUGGCCAAGCUCACUAUUGCCUUCCUGACUUCUCUGAAGUUGCUUCAGAAGUACUAAAAAAACCUGACAAUAUUACCUCAGUUCCUUCAACUGAGAGAGCAAAACCCUUUCCUACUUUGCAAAGUAAAUCAGUAACUGUGAACAACAUAUUGGAAAAUAAGAAUUACUUCAAUUCUGCUGAAGUACAGAAUCAAGAAGAAAGGAGUAUUUCAGAACUGCUGCGACAGCUACAGAUGCUGACACAGCAAGCUGACAUCCAGAAUCAUAUUGACCAUCUGAGAUUUGAUCCUAAGAUACUUCCUCAGUCAGACUUUGCAAAUGCCAGCAUUGCCAUUUCCUCAGGACACACUGGGACACCACCUGAUGUCACAACAUUACGUGCUCCUGUCCCUGUACAACCUACACACGGUUUGCUUAAAGCAAGACUGCAGCCUGGAACAGCAGCCUCAGCACUAGCAGGGACAGCAGCAGCACAGUGUCUAAAUCCUUCUCAUUCACUGCCACAACUCACACUAGGAGAAAAGAUGUCUCAAAUACUAAAGGAUCAGACAGAGCAACUGGCUAAGAAAGUGGAAGACUUCUCUAAGCAUAUGAUCCAGGAAACAUUCUUUUUACAAGACAAAUAUCUGGCAUUAAAUCAACUGAAAAGAUACCUUGAUGCCUUGGAAAGAAAUUAUUUAAAAGCUAGAGAAGAGCACCACAGCUUACAGCUGCAGAACUACAAGGACAAGCCUAUCAACCUUGGAGAGUUUGAUCCUGAGAGAAGGGUGGAAGGAGGAAUAUUCAGACUUGGCAUGCUGCUUGAAGACAUUCAAGAACAAAUCGAAGGCAGCAAAGGCAGCCUGUCAUCAUUACCGACCUCCUGUGAAUCUGCCCAGUCUUUCUGUGAGAGCUCCCCAGUUUCGAGCAUUGCUGAUUUUCCACAGAGAAGAGGUCCUGAAACUCCAUUUUUUCACAAGAACCAUGAGGGAGAAAGAAGUCAGACAACUGAUGUAAUCCCACCAACAAAUCAACUUUCUUUAGAAGGCAAAAAGUGCAAUCUCUGUCUUCACAUAAACACAAACAUCCAGGAUGGAAAAAGUGGCACAUCUCCACCCUUCCUGCAGAGAAAACCAACUGACUUAUCAGAUACCAACCUGAGCAGCGAUUCAGAAGACUUCUCAGACCAUGAUUCUUAUAAUGAUUCACAAAGCAAGGACCUUGACAACUGUGACACUCUAAGUUACAAAUCAUUAAAUAUGAGAUUACGUGGAGAGAGAAAAGGACUUCGAUGCAGAUGCCCCAGGGGAAGCAGAGAUCAAGGAAAACCCAGGAAUUACAAAGGGUCUAUUCACUCUUGUACUCUAUGUAGAAAAAGCAGCUGUGGUUCAUCCUCUUAUUCACAGAGGAGACUCUCCAGUCAGAAGGCUCAAAAAACCAAACAGCCAGGUGAAGUUGUAACCAGACUUUGUGAAAGGAAAUCCUUUGAGGCUGCCCAAACCUGCUGUUCAAGCACAUAUGAUAAAAUUAUCCUUUCACAUCAGUACCUAGCCAGCAAGAAAUCUGCCCAAAGAAAAUCUGCAAUCAACCUCAGAAACAGAAAUGCCAAUGAUUCCUAUGCAAAUAUUUUAAGUUCUACUCUGGAUCAUGCCAUAGAGACAGCAAACAGCUUGAAGAAAGCUACAGAGCGAAUGGUACAAGCAGUUUCAGAAGACCUAGCUAAAGUUAAAAGAAAAGAGUUUUAAUCACCUAGUUCAAAUGCUUAUUGUUCUGCUGGUUCAUACUUAAGUCUUAGUAUCUCUGCAAAAAUAAAAUAAUGAACAUGAAAUGUCAGCUAGCUAACUCUGUCAGCUGUUCUGUACCUAUUGGUACUAAACCAAACCAGAGCAUACACUGGAAUACAGGUAUUCCACAUUUACACUCAGUCUUAAAACUGUAGAACAAAUUAUUAAUUCUACUGAAAGUCCUCAGUAGGUUGACUAAUCCCCAUUACUGUGUACAGAUACCUUUUCUAAGUAUUCACUUAAGACAGCUUAAUAAAAAUUGGCUUAAACAAGCAAAAUUAACUUUCUGACUUGGAUUCUCCCCCUGUCCCAAGUGUGAGAAUAAACCUCAGUCAUUAUUACAUAUCAUUUCUUCCCACACUUCAACAGCAGCUGCUUAAUCACACCAAGAGAAAACAGCCUCUGUACCUGAGACAUGUAGAAACACACGUCAUCUUAAGAUACCAAAUCAGUCAACAUUUGGAAUUAUUUUGGUUUUAGAGUGCCCUACAUUGAGAGUUGUUUGUUUUUCAGAAACAUCUUUGUAUGUUGCAAUGACUGAAUUACACCAUUUGGUGUUUAUGCAUUUGUAACAAUUAAAUUGGUUCCUUCAAUGUGAUGUCCUUCAUUUGUCAGAUAUAUUUGGCUUUGACAUUUUAGCUGAUGGCAAGUAGAUUGGAAAAUUGUAAAAUACUGUGAGCCAAGAAAAGUAAUCAAUUCUUUUCCUUCUAACAUCCAUUUAACUGCAAUGAUUAAAGGCAAGCAGUUAACAGCCUUGUUGUUAUCAGGGAUGCUACUCACUGAAGCCCAAGCACAUAAGGACUGAUGAAAACCAAAUUAGAAAUGCCAAUGCAUUCCUUAAAAAGGACAGUCAUUUUCAGGCAAACCUGAGCAAUCUCAUCAGUGGUGGGUACAGAAAUAAUCCAGACUGUUCAUACAAGCAGUGACUGCUAAACUCACUGCCAUGUGCCACUUACUCACUAGCCUGAGUCAAUGGCUUUUUCAGGGCUUCUUCCACCCUUCACAGCCAACAAUAUCGUUCAACUCUUUUCUUCCUUAGCCUCUUACUGUACACAUCCUUAUAACUUCAUUUGCCUCUGCUUAUUAUCCCUGGUUUUGCUUUAUUUAGUUUAAUAUUUGGAAUAUCCCCAUUAUUUGCAAAUGAACUUAAUAAAUGAAGUAAUUGCUGCAGCUUUCUAGAUGUAAUUAAAAAAAAAAAGAUUCAUCUCUUUCACAGAAAUCUCUCCUCAUCACAGCUUGUUCUAAAUCUCUUGUUUAUCCUGGAUCCCUGCACCUGCUGUCCUGUGCCUGACAGCAACUGCCUAAGAUAAAUCAGACUGAAAAAGACAAUAAUGUAAUGACAUUUCCUCAGAACAGUCUCUGUCAAGCCCAGAGUCCUUCCAAACCAGCAGUAACAUUUAUACUUACUAGCCCUAUAAAUACUUGUCAUACACUGAGGAUUUUGUUUCCCAUAUAACAAUUUAGAGCAUGUCAUUACUGCAUGACCUCUGAUACUAAAGGUCUUUUUGUUCUCAUUUGACAGCUGCAGGUUUCAUGUGUUAUUUCACACACUGAAUAGGAAGAUAAUCCUUCAGUCUGAACACUAAAAAGAUUUUUGAGGCUUCCAUCACACACUCCACCAUCAUCUUUUUUCCCCUUGAUCAAGGAUCUUAGUCUAGCCAUUCUUGACAUGAAGAUUGUUCCAUACCUUUGAUUUUCUUUAGUAAUUUCUGAAUCUUGCCCAGAUUUCCAGAUUCAGCUUUAAAAAUCAAUUGCUGGGCCCAUAUGUAGCACUACAUAAGUCUUUUAAUAUGCAUAAUAUGAAAAUAUGAACUUUCAAAACUAUAAUAGACCUUGUACAUGUACUCUGAAAUACUAAGAUUUUGUUUAUACUGACAGAACUCUUUCCCAUUCUUGAUCAUCUGAUUCUUGAUCUAGAGAAAAUGUAACAGAGAGGAUCCUUGGGGGAAAAAACCCCAAAUGUCUUGAAUAUAACUUCCACUUACCUGCUUCAUAAGCUGUUUUGAGCUACAUAUUGGUGCCAGAUUUCCUAUCAUUUUCCUAUCUUUAUAAUUCUACCUUUACACUAACAUUUGGCUUUGCUUUGCCUGAUGGAAAAAGGGAAUAAAGGGUAGCAAAAAACCAAACUAAGCCUUUUGAGUUAUCAGCUGGUGAUAGCACUUAGGCCUGAAGCAGAGACAUGGAAAAAGACUUAACUCCUGAAUAUACAGAAGUAAUCCAGAAUUGUGAGCUGUUAUUUCUUCAACUCUGUACAACUAAAAAAAAUAUCAACACAAUAGAUUUUACUGAAAUCAAUUAUUUCAGUCCUCAAGUGUAACACUAAUGUCAGCUAUUUUCCUCUGUACUUCACUACUUUCCAGCUUUAGGAA